AUGACCGGAGAGAAUGCACCGCGGCUAACUGCAGUGCCUGCUUACCCACAACAACCACCGCCAGGGCCCCAACGGCCACCAUCUCCUCCCAGCCAGCACCAGCAGCUUCAAUCUCCCCUAACCCAACUUUCACCAUCGACCGUCAAGGCGUCUCCGCAGCAGACUCCUGGACCUCUUGAUGCCGCCGGCGGCAUUGCUGAACCCUCAGCAAAACGAGGCAUGCGCUCGCAGAUUGCAUGCACCAGAUGUCGCCGAAGCAAGACCAAGUGCGAAAACACCGGUCAAGGUACCACGUGCAAGGCUUGCGCCAACACCAACCGAGACUGCACCUGGGACCACGCAGCUGUCGCAAGCACCACCGGAUCGGCCCCUCCCAAGAAGCGGCGCAAGCUGCUAGCACCCUCAUCAACUACAGCACAGCGCUCAGUAGAAGGGCUGGGUACAUAUGAGGAUGCUCUCCAGUCGCCUUUACUUACGCCCCAAGUCUGGGAGGAGUUGUUCGAUAUCUACGACAAGCACUUCUCUACUGACUUUCCCUUCUUACACAAGAGAACUUUCUUGAGCUCAGUUCAGCAACCGCAAUCAACCGAUAGCCCGUCUGAUGCCAAAACUCCAACCAAGACUCAAUCGCCUCAACUAUAUCCCCCUUUAUUGCUAGCCUUCCUUACUCAGACUGCUCGCUUCCACGAAAAGCUCGUACAACAGACCGGAAAUGACCCUACCAAGACCGCUGAGUUUUAUGCCCAGGCUACGCGUACGCAGAUGGGUACAGAAGCCUUCGGCUUCCCAACUCUCGAGAAGAUCCAAACACUGCUCAUGCUGGGCUACUACGAGUGGACCAACCUGCAAGGUACCGAAGGCUGGAUUAAGAUCGGUCUUGCUAUCAGAUGCGCCAUAGUCCUGGGCUAUCCACACUUAGACGUCGAUGACAAGGGACUGCCUGCACCAUUGAAAGAUAGUGAGAAGGGCCUUUCCGAGAAGGAUCAAUUCAUCCUGCGCGAAACUCAGCGACGGACAUUUUGGAGUUGUUGUCUUAUGGAUUGCUAUCUGAGCUGGGGAGAGGAUCGGCCAAGGAUGCUCACGCCCGACCAACUUCAAAGAACGCAACUUGUUUGUAGCGAUGGCGCGUUCAACUUCGGAAGGAAAGCACGGACAAGACUUUUGGGCGAAGAUGAUGCUGCAUAUGAAGAACGGAGGAAGCGGUGGAAUGAGCAUACUGAGUGCCGUCGCAACGAGCAGAAUGGUGCUGAUCAAGCUGAUCCGCUGAACGGGGGCAAGUGGGAGAUAGGUGAACACGAGGCAGAACUCACCUGGUACAUCAAAGCUGUCGUAAUAUUCGGCGAAGUGUCGCAAUGGUCCUGCAAACGGGGCCGAAGACAAGAAGGCAAAACUCCGCCAUGGCGUUCAACGACAAGUUUCAAGAAGUUGGAGGAUAAACUCAAGCAGCUGAAGCGCGACCUACCUGACCAUCUCCAGCUAACCCAAGACAACACUGAGGACCGUAUAUACAACAAACCUGGAAAGUACGUAUCGAUACACGCCAUGUACACGUUGUGUUUCGUUUGGCUUUACAGAGAGUAUAUGCCUACGUCACCAUGGACGUUAGCGUAUCCUCGCGGCCCAUUAGAUGAGCCACUGAUCGACGAGAAACCUCCAGAUCCGGAGUACUGGAUAAAGCAAGCUAAAGAUUGUUGGAAAGCCUGCUUGGAUUUUACGCAUCUGCUCCACACCAUUGAAACUUCGAGAGUUCAUAGUAAUCUGAUUCAAACUCCUACGGUAGCCUUUUCUUGUUUUGCAGUAGGAAUAGGCACUAUCUACUGCCACUAUUUUCCUCACAUGGAUCCCGACAGCGUUCUGUCAUCCCGUUUGAGUCCUAGAGCCCACGACAUUGCCAAUGGCUUUCUACUCCGUAUUCUGAGGCGCUUCAAGAUGGCUCGCUCGUGGCUUGUUCAACUCGCUGAAUGGCAGCGAUAUUAUCGUCGUGAAAAGAAGAAGUAUAGAGAGCUUACUGGGCAAAUCGACGAUUCUCCGAAGAGCAACUCUAGCGAUGGUAUCGCUAGUGGUGGACUAAAAGACUACGCACAAUUCUUCGAAAAGUCUCACAAGCAGUUCGGCGACAUCUCAAACGACAACAACAGCCAAUGGUCCAACAAAGAUAAAGAUCUUGCAGAUGUUAGAUUGACGCAUGAUGAGGACUCUGCAGAACGUAUCUUGCCUGCCAGUACAGCUCCAGUCAAGCAUGAAAAGCAAGGAAUGCCUGAUGAGAGAUCUAGCCAGCUUCCUGUAUUACAAAAUUCCUUCACCGCCGUCAAUCGAAAUGGGGUCCAGACAUCUCCACCUACUCAUGCACCUACAUAUACGCAUCAGACGAAUACGCCGUCUUAUGACUCAAACACUGCUUUACGUUCCGGAGCACACACUUCACCACCAAACUACCCAUCAUAUCAGUACGGUAACCCACCUCAGCACACCAUACCUACAGCACGAGCCAGCUUCGAGACCGGCCCCAAUCAAGAUCACUUGUCAGGCACUGCAUCCGUUCCCAUACAUGCUGUUUACUCGGAUUGGCAGACAGCAAGACCACAUGAAUUGCAUGCGGCUAGGAUGGCAAUGGAGAUUGACGGGGCCCAAACUUUCACAAACAGCUGGGCUGGACCAGCCAUGAUCAGCGAUAAUGACCAGGCUUAUGACUGGUCGACGACUAUGGACUUUUCCAAUUUCCAGACUGUUGGCGGUAACGCGAACUAUUAUCCAAAUGGUGCGCCGAAUUUCUCGUCGUAUCCGCCGCAGUAA